AUGUUGAGCAUUGGAGAACUAGUUCGACGGAAUACUGGCAAUUUAUUUUCGUUCCAUGUGCGCUUCGUUGUGCUGAUUGACAAAGCCGCUUCAGUGCAAGAUUCGAAUCUUCAAAGCAAGUUUGAUGGCGGUACAUUAUUGUUUCCUAUGGAAUGUCCCGUUGGUGCUAAAGAAAUCGUAGAACAUGAAGUUUUAUUUUACAAUCCAAUGAAGACAACAUACUUCACAAAUAAACAGUUUAACAGCAAUCAUAGCUCUACAGAAACUGAAUGUACAAGAAAAACGUACCUAAUACUUGCACCAGAAGACCAUGAUCAUUAAAUUGAAGUAACGCAGUGA